AUGGCAGAACCGCAGCCCGUGUCUGGCGGCCAUACCGACCAGGCUGCCCUCGGUUGCUGCUCGGACCCGGACCGAAGCACUAAGGAUUUUCUGUUGCAGCAGACCAUGUUGAGAAUUAAGGACCCUAAGAAGUCACUGGAUUUUUAUACUAGAAUUCUUGGAAUGACACAACUACAAAAAUUCGAUUUUCCCACUAUGAAGUUUUCACUCUACUUCUUGGCUUAUGAGGAUAAAAAUGACAUCCCAAAAGAAAAAGAUGAAAAAGUAGCAUGGGUAUUCUCCAGAAAAGCUACGCUUGAGCUGACACACAACUGGGGCACUGAAGAUGAUGAGAGCCAGAGUUAUCACAGUGGCAAUUCAGACCCUCGAGGAUAUGGUCACAUUGGAAUUGCUGUUCCUGAUGUACACGGAGCUUGUAAAAGAUCUGAAGAACUAGGAGUCAAAUUUGUGAAGAAACCUGACGAUGAGGGUAAAAUGAAAGGUCUGGCAUUUACUCAAGAUCCUGAUGGCUACUGGAUUGAAAUUUUGAAUCCCAACAAAAUGACAACUAUUAUUUAGUUCUGUGAGAAUACUGCUGAGAUUUCAGUGAAGAUGGUAUGGGAGAUAAAAAAGAAAACAAUGUGAUUCAAGAUAUUUAGAUAACAGAAGCAUCUAGGAAUGAGGCUUCUAGGAAUUCGAA